AUGAGUGUUGCAGUCUCACCUGAGCUGGCAGGUAACCCAGCUGUUUGUCGGACAGAGGAUCCCAGGGAGGGAGACGUGGACACGGACUCGGGUGAAGAGGCGAGGCCGCUGGUGAUGGAGGAGGACUUAAAGGUGAUCUGUGCUAAAGAGAUGGCUCUGCUGUCCCUGAUCGAUAAGACGGGCUACAACAUGGUGCAGGAGAACGGGCAGAGGAAGUACGGAGGUCCACCUCCAGGCUGGGAGGGUCCUGCCCCCCCGCGGGGUUGUGAGGUGUUUGUUGGGAAGAUUCCCAGAGACAUGUACGAGGACAGCCUGGUGCCGCUGUUCGAGAAAGCCGGGAGGAUCUACGAGUUCAGACUGAUGAUGGAGUUCAGCGGGGAGAACCGCGGCUACGCCUUCGUCAUGUACACCGACAGAGAAGCAGCUCAGAGAGCCAUCCAGAUGCUGGACAACUACGAGGUGCGCCCAGGGAAGUUCAUCGGCGUGUGCGUGAGUCUGGACAACUGCCGCCUCUUCAUCGGCUCCAUCCCCAAAGACAAGAGGAAGGACGAGAUCAUCGAGGAGAUGAAGAAGGUGACGGACGGUGUGGUGGACGCGAUCGUAUACCCGAGCACCACAGACAAGAACAGAAAUCGAGGUUUCGCCUUUGUGGAGUACGAGUCCCACAAAGCUGCAGCGAUGGCUCGCAGGAAGCUCAUUCCAGGAACUUUCCAGCUGUGGGGUCACUCCAUCCAGGUGGACUGGGCGGAGCCUGAGAAAGAUGUGGAUGAGGAGGUCAUGCAGCGUGUUAGGGUCCUUUAUGUGCGAAACCUCAUGCUGGAGACGUCGGAGGAAACUCUUCGUCAGGAGUUCUCCCGCUUCAAGCCGGGCUGCGUGGAGAGAGUCAAGAAGCUCACCGACUACGCUUUUGUCCAUUACCGCUCUCGCAGUGACGCCCUCACCGCACUCAGCCUCAUGAACGGAGCCCAGAUCGACGGAGCCGCUGUGGAGGUGACGCUGGCCAAACCAGCGGGUGUCAAAGACGGAGGUGCAGCUGGCCGGAAGUGCGGCACCAGAGGUUGUCAGGGAGGAGGAGGAGGGAACGGAGGAAACGGGACAUUUGGGCCGCACAAGAAUGAUGGAGGGAUGAUGGGAGGAGACCCAAUGAGACUGGUGUCCCUGCCACUGACAAACCCCUUCUACAGUGGGAGUCGAGGAGAUGACCUGGAGCGCUGCAUGUACCCCCUGCUGCCCGGCACCCCCCUCACUGCCACCAGCCUGCUGUCGCUCAAGCAGAGUCAGAUCACCUCGGCCGUCAGCCUGCUCGACUUUUACUGCUGCAAAAACUGCUGGUUGCCCCCAGAAUACUACCUGUACUCCACACCAGGGCAGGAUGGAAAGCUACUGUUACUGUACAAGGUGGUGAUACAAUCCACACGAAGGACGUACAUCCCUGACAAGCUGUGUGCUCUGCUGGAUGAUGCCAAGGAGCUUGCUGCUCAGACCACCCUGUGGAACCUGGACUUGUCUUUUCUGAGCGGAGCAUCCUGCGACUCUCCCAGCAGCAACUCUCCUCCUCUCGCCAUUUCCCCACCUGCUGCCACUGUCACCACUCCAGGGGUCCUGACCUGCGCCAGCCGGGCCUUCGCCUCCUGCCUCCCUCCACCUCCUCCACCUCCUCAGUCCCCAUACCCCCUCUCCACCCUGUCUUCUCUCUCAUCACUCAGCCCUGCCGCCUCUCACACUCAGAGACUCUACAUCAGCCCGCAGUCGCCGUUCUACUGA